AUGGGAAGAGUGCCUUGUUGUGAAAAGAAUGGUCUCAAGAGAGGACCAUGGACACAAGAGGAAGACCAAAAGCUCAUUGAUUAUAUUCACAAACAUGGCUAUGGAAACUGGAGAUUACUCCCAAAGAAGGCUGGGUUACAAAGAUGUGGAAAGAGUUGUCGUCUUCGUUGGACAAACUAUCUGCGACCGGAUAUAAAGCGAGGCCGAUUCUCUUUUGAAGAAGAAGAAACCAUAAUUCAACUACAUAGCAUGCUCGGCAACAAAUGGUCUGCAAUUGCUUCUAGGCUACCAGGAAGAACAGACAAUGAAAUCAAGAAUUAUUGGAACACUCACGUUAGAAAAAGACUCUUGAGGAUGGGAAUUGAUCCAGUGACACAUAAUCCAAGACUUGAUCUUUUGGACCUUUCUUCUAUCAUAAAUUCAUCUCUUUAUGCUUCUGCUUCAUUGAUGAACCCUGAGAUUCUAAAAUUUGCUGCAUCACUCUUCCCCUCUCAAGAGACUCACCAAAUUAUCUCACACUUGGUUCAAACUCAAAUUCAGGACUCCAUUCAUCAAGAAGCUUAUAACAAACUAUUGAAUCCACCUUGUGAUAAUUCAAUGUCUUUCACUCAAUCAAACUUGGUUGAACCCAAUGAGAAUCUAUAUUCAUCAUCAUUUUUACCUGAAUCUGGCUUCCAACAACAACACGAUUUGCAUUGCAAUGGAAUUGCUUCAAGUACUACUAGAGAUGAUUUUGCUAAUCCAUUACCAAGCUAUGAUUACAUGAGUUCUGACUAUCAUGGAAAUGAUCUAAUUAUGGAACCUCACAUAUCAGAAACCUCAACAUUUCAUUCCAAUAACACCAACCGGAACUUCAAUUUCGCUUCGGUUCUAUCUACGCCUUCAUCAAGUCCCGGACGCUUGAAUUCGAAUUCGACAUAUAUCAAUGGAACCAGCAUUGAAGACGAGACAGAAAGCUAUGUUAGCAACAACAUGUUUGAAUUUCAAGUUUCAGAUAUCUUAGGUGUGAAUGAGUUCAUGUAA